AAUGGAAAUAAUAAGACACAAUGCAUUCCACUUUACUGCAGCCAUUGCCAAAAAUCUGAUUUAAACGUUUUUGCUCAAUCUCUGCCACUAUCAGCAUGUCAUCUAGCAGAAUUAGCUUUCAAAAAUCUUCUGUAUCUUAUCAGACCCCAUCCACACAGACCUCAAGUUGGAUCUCAACUGGGGCCUAUGCAGGAUUACCAGGCCGCAGGGCCAUAAGUGUAGUGGGAGAGGGAUCCACCCGUGGUCGACUGGCAACUCCUGGUAUAGGGCAGUCUUCUUUAAUUAGAACAAACUAUGUAGGUGGUCUUGGCACUGCAGCUCCAGGGGCUUUCAGGGGCAACUUUGUUGGCAGUCUUGUAAGUGGCAUUGGUGGUGGCAUUGGGGCUUGCUUUAGUGGUGACUUUGCUAAUAAUAUCUUUACUGGCAGUGAAAAGCAAACAAUGCAAAAUCUGAAUGACCGCCUGGCCAAUUACUUGAAAAAGGUGCAUUCUUUGGAGGUAGAAAAUGGAGAACUGGAGAAAAAGAUCAGAGAGUGGCAUAUGAGUAAGUCUCCUGCUACACAUCACGACUACAGCUCAUUUAAUGAGACUAUUGCCGACCUACAAAAGAAGAUUCAGGAUGCAACUGUCGAGAAUGCUGAAAUUCUUGUGAAUCUUGACAAUGCGAAACUGGCAACCGAUGACUUCAGAACCAAGUAUGAGAAUGAAUUAACAUUCAGACAAGGAGUUGAUGCUGACAUUGCUGGAAUGCGUCGGAUGCUUGAUGACCUCACUUUGUGUAGAUCUGAUCUUGAAAUGCAAAUUGAAGGUCUUAAGGAUGAGUUGGACAACCUAAACAAGACUCAUGAAGAGGAUAUGAAAUCAAUGUCAACACAGCUUAGUGGACAAGUCAGUGUGGAAGUCGAUGCAGUUCCAGGUGUUGACCUGACAAGAUCCCUGGAGGAAAUGAGAUCCCAGUAUGAUGGAAUGGUAGAAAAGAAUCGCAGGGAAGCCAAGGAGUGGUUCGACAAUAAGUCCAUAGAACUGAACAAGGAAGUAACUACUAGCACAGAAACAUUGCAAAUCCAAAAGACAGAAAUCACUGAUCUGAGACGCACAUUACAAGGCCUGGAAAUUGAGCUGCAAUCCCAACUCAGCAUGAGGAAUGGUUUGCAGAGCAACCUGGCUGAAACAGAGAGUCGCUAUGGUACUCAGCUUCAGCAGAUACAGGCUAUAAUUCAUGAGACUGAGGCUCAGCUGACUAAUCUGAGAGCCCAGCUUGAAGGCCAAGCAACUGAGUAUAAGUUACUCCUGGACAUCAAAGCACAUCUGGAGCAGGAGAUCAAUACAUACCGCCACUUGUUAGAAGGAGAAGAGAACAGAAAUUCUGGCAGCAAAGUCACCAUGAUCAAAGAAAAAACAGGCAGCAUCAUUAAAAAUUAACAAGGUCAAGUACUGACAGGCGAAGGAUUAUCGAAGCAUACAAGAUGAGCCAGCUAUGAACAAUCAUCAUUAAGGAAACCUCAUCUCCCUCUAAUUGCACGAAACUUGGGAGACCGACUCAACAAGUAUGACAAAUGUUACACAGUGGACAUUUAGCAUUAAGAGCAAUUACUUAACAGUAUAUACAUAUAUACAUAUGUAUAAGUGGAUUU